AUGCGAUCUGGAUUUCUUAAAUCAUCAGAUCGAGCAAAAUGGGAUGAAUAUCCAUCGAAGAAGGAAGAUAACUUAUCUUUAUGCAUUGAUGAGCCCACACCUCAACAGCCACUUUCAAAACGCGUUAUCAAGCUUUUAAAAAUCCUCUUACCUCAUGUUGGGCUCAUAUUAUUGUUAUUAACUUAUAUUGCUAUCGGUGCAUUAAUAUUUAUGUGGUUGGAGGCAGAUAAUGAACUGCAGAUACGCAGAGCGAAGUUGAAAAAGAUUUUAGGUGUUUAUGGUUUAAUUAUUAAUGAAACAAUUAAUUUAUGUAAUUCAGAUAUUGGUUCCAAUCAUUCAGUUAUUAUUGAACGACAUAUGCGGCCACUACUAUCAAUUUUAUCAAGAGCUCAUGAACAUGACGAUCGAUUCACUCUAAAAGAUCAAUUUUGGACUGAUGCUGAAGAUCAACUGGUCACUAAAUGGUCAUUUGCUGCUGCUGUUUUAUACGCUUUAACUGUUAUUACUUCCACAGGCUAUGAUCAUGUGACACCGAGCACGGAUCCUGGAAGAAUUUUCACGGUUUUUUUUGGACUUGUUGGUAUACCUCUAAUGUUCAUCACUGCAGCCGAUAUUGGAAAAUUUCUUUCUGGAAUCGUUAUACGCUCAUAUAGCAAAUUAUUAGAAAUAAUCUCUUGGAUAACUACGGUUAUUGAGGCAAUACGUGUCUAUUUGAGAGACGAAGAUGAUGAUUCGAUUGAUUCGAGGAAAAGAAGAAAACCACGACCAGCAAAUGUGCUGGAUGAAGAAGACGAUGACGAUGAUCGUUUACAGUUGCCAAUUGCAUCAUAUUUUGCACUUAUAAUAGGAUAUUGCGCUAUUGGCAGUUUACUGUUCAAUCUUUUCGAAAAGGGACCGAUAUGGUCAUUCAUGCAUGGCUUAUUCUUUUCUUUCAAUACUAUAACAACAAUUGGCCUUGGUAAUAUUUAUAUCAGAAACAAAAUGUAUUUAGCGUUAGUAAUAGCGUAUGUGGUGAUUGGUUUAGCCGUAAUCACCGCUUCACUUGAUUUGUGCAGUUCAACAUUAAAGAGAACUUUUACAAAAUUACAUUAUUUUGGACGUAAAAUUAGAGGUGCAAGACGUGGUUUUGCAAAUGUUAGCGAUGAUAUUCGAGAAGCCAUGCGAAUUAUUGCUGCAUUAAAAAAAACAAGACCAAGUAAAGAACGUAUUACAUUAGAAGAUUUGAAAAGAUUUCUUGCUGUCCAAGAGCAUCUUAUACGACAACCAUAUGUUCCAUAUAAUAUACAUAUUUUUCGAUGGAUUGAAGAUGCGUAUGCACAAUAUUUCGAUGAAGCAGGCGUAUUGAACGAUAAAGAAAAAAUUCCACCACCUCAAUCGUAUUUUUUCUAA